AUGGCCGUCAGUGAAAGAACAGAUGACAUCUCUUCAGCAACUGGUUUCCAGAUUGGGCUACUGUAUGUCUCCGAUACUACAUGUCCUACAAUCAGUGUAGAAGAAAAACGGUUUUCACACAACCAGAAGCCUCCCUAUGAAGUCACAGGGUUCGAUCUAACAGAAAAGUUUCUUCUCCGUAAGGGGACUGUGACAGAGGAGAGCUCAUCUUUUCGACUGGGAGGCACACCCCUUAUUAAACAAACGCAACUGGUGUUUCCGAAUGGUCUCCCUGAUGAAUAUGCUCUCAUAGCCACAUUCCGACUACGGAAAACAACGAAGAAGGACCGAUGGUACCUCUGGCAGAUUUCCGACCAGGGCGGAAGCACUCAGGUGUCUUUUGUUGUUGACGGGGGUAGGAAAGUAGUGGAAUUUACAGCCCGAGGGCUCCUCAAGAACACUCUCCACUACACCUUCAAGAGCCGGGAUCUUCACCCUCUUUUUGACCGGCAGUGGCACAAGCUGAGCCUGUCUGUGCAGUCCAGCAUGAUCUCCCUCUACAUGGACUGCACUCUCAUUGAAAGGAGGCUGACCGAUGAAAGGGAUGCGGUUAACGCUGGAGGCAGAACCCUUAUCACCACUCGCCUUGAAGAUGGCAGGCCAGUUGAUAUUGAACUUCAGCAAAUUAUCAUCUACUGCAAUCCAAAAAUGGCAGAACUGGAAAACUGCUGUGAAAUACCAGGUUCUACGUGUGCAUCCAAGGAGGCAGUCUUGGGUACAGCCCCUUCCCUUAUCACCAGCUACAUCCCAAGAAUGCUUUCACAGCUGGCGCAGCAAUCGAAUGACAGAUGUCAAUGUUCAGCAAACAAGGGGGAGCCUGGACUUCCAGGGGUGUCAGGUCUUCCAGGGCAGAAAGGAGAUAAAGGAGACAAGGGAGAAACUGGUGAAGAUGGAUACCCUGGAAAUCCUGGUUUAAAGGGGGACAAAGGCGCUGCUGGUAUUCCUGGGAGAGAUGGACUUCUGGGACCUCAGGGUGAAAAGGGAGGCAUCGGAAUGCCUGGUCCUGAAGGGACACCUGGAAAAGAUGGACUGAAAGGGGAUCCUGGACUUCCUGGUUCUAGUGGUCCUAAAGGUGACAAAGGAGAAGCUGGUCCUCCAGGUCCUCCUGGCUUGGCUAUUAAAGGACAAAAGGGAGAGCAGGGCUCCCUUGGUCCUGCUGGAGAAAAGGGACCAGCAGGGCCUGCAGGUCAACCAGGGGCUCCAGGCAAAGAAGGGCAAAGGGGCCGGCGAGGCAGACCAGGUGUGUCCGGAACCCCAGGCCCUCCAGGACCUCCAGGGCUGUCUUUAAUGGAAGGAGCUGGGAAAAAGGGAGAAAAGGGAGACCCUGGUGCCCCUGGAAAAGAUGGGCUGAAAGGAGACAGAGGGGAUUCUGGCGCCCCGGGUGAAGCAGGAGCCAGUGGAAUGAAAGGAGAGAAGGGAGAAGUUGGACCAAGAGGCCCACCGGGACCAGUGAUGACAGCUCAUGGUUUAAGACAUCUAACUGGAUCUGGUGAACCAGGGGAAAAGGGACAGAAGGGAGAAAAGGGAGAUGGUGAGAAGGGGAUCCAGGGACUGCAAGGCCUAAAGGGGGAAAAAGGAGAAGCAGGUCUACCAGGUCCUAUAGGAAAUCCAGGCUCAGAGGGUAAAGAAGGACCCCCAGGGACAGCUGGGCCUAGAGGCUUACCGGGAGCAGAGGGAUUACCUGGAGAUCCAGGAGUGCCAGGAAAAGAUGGAAGCAAGGGAGAAAAGGGAGACUCCGGUGGGGUAACUGGUCCUCCAGGACCCCCUGGUCCUAAAGGUGAACCCGGAAUACCAGGAUUGGGAAUGCCAGGAAAGCCGGGAGAAGAAGUACCAGGUCCAAAAGGAUCCCGGGGCCCAAAGGGGGAAAGAGGUGUGCCGGGAGUUCCUGGUGAUCCAGGAGAGAAGGGAGAACCUGGAAUGGGAAUGCCUGGACCUCCAGGCCCAGUUGGACCUCAUGGGGAGCCAGGUGUUCAAGGGCUUAUAGGAUCCCCAGGGUUACCAGGAGCUGCAGGAAUCCCAGGGAAAGAUGGAGCUCCAGGAAAGGAUGGGAAGCCAGGACCCCCAGGACCUCCAGGAGAACCAACUGCACUGCCAAUAGUUCGAGACAUGGGAGCUAUGUUAAAGAACGCCUGCAGUGUGUGCCACACCAGGGUGCCAGGACUGCCCGGGCAGAAGGGAGAGAAGGGGAUGCCAGGAGUGCCAGGACUGGAAGGGAUGCAGGGUGUGAAGGGGGAGCCGGGUUUACGAGGUCCACUGGGAAACCCUGGGAGAGAGGGGCCAAAGGGUGUAAAAGGUGAACGAGGGUUUUCAGGCCCAGCUGGAGAGAAAGGAGAAGAGGGCUCUCCAGGCGUUCCCGGAUUCCCAGGCCCCACCGGCCGCACAGGAGCUCCAGGCAUCAUGGGGAGACCUGGAGCUCCAGGCCAUCCUGGGCCUAAGGGUGAAAGAGGCAGUGAAGGUCCACCUGGGAGACCAGGCGUGCCUGGACCUCCUGGUAUUCCGUAUGUGGAAGGAAAUGGCAUGAGCAGCCUCUACAAGCUUCAGGGAGGCGCUGGACCUAUGGGAUAUCCUGGUCCUCCAGGUGUUCCAGGCCCUAAGGGUGAUAAAGGCGAAGCAGGAGAACCAGGCCCCAUGGGACUGCCAGGGUUAGAAGGACUGCCAGGGGCUAAGGGAGAUACAGGUCUAACAGGAGCACUGGGUGAACCAGGAACACCAGGAAAGCCUGGUACUCCAGGGAGUCCAGGGCUCCCAGGAGAAACAGGGGAAAGAGGACCUGUGGGAGAAACUGGAUUUCCUGGGCCGGAGGGACCUCCUGGUGCUCCAGGAAGACCAGGAAAAGAUGGGAUUCCGGGGUAUGAGGGAGCUACAGGUAGACCAGGAGACAGAGGAUCGAAAGGAGAACGUGGAGACCCAGGCAUUCCUGGGGUGCGAGGGCUUCAGGGAGAAAGAGGGAGACCCGGAGAAAAGGGGGACAUGGGGCCCAGAGGACCAACUGGGCCACCAGGACAAAGAGGUGACCCAGGGCCCCCAGGACCUCUGGGGUCCCCCGGCCCUGCCGGCCUUCUGAGUGAUGAGGGUACAUUGGAGGAAAUAAAGAGAUUUAUUCGAGAAGAAGUUCUCAGGGUUUUUGAAGAGAGGAUGUCUGGCUAUUCUCCACAGCAGAAGAGUCCCGCUGCUAUCCUGGCUGCUCAAGGAAGACCAGGACCCUCAGGUCCACCUGGCAGUGAUGGGUCACCUGGGCCACCAGGUGUGCCUGGUCCUCCCGGACCUCAAGGGUAUCGUGGUCAGAAAGGAGAAAGAGGUCAGCCAGGGAUUGGACUUCCAGGAGAAUCUGGUCCUCCUGGCCCACAUGGUUUGCCUGGAACAGGUCAGCCAGGACCUCCAGGAUUACCUGGCCCCGCUGGCCCUCCAGGUCCCCAGGGAAGAUGUGACCCUAGCGAUUGUUACUAUUCCUUAUCCAGUUCCCGGCGGAGCGGCUAGGAGGCAAGUGGAGCUGCCCUGAUUAUUUAAUGAUCAAUGAGCACUGAGGCACCGCAGCCCGGAGGCACUGUUACAGAGGUCCUCUUCAUUAUCUUUAGAGUUUAAGUAAUGUGUUUGUGUAACAUUGGAGCUGAGGUCAGAAAGUUAUUUUUAGAAAUAAUGAAGUUAUAAAACGUGUUUAUAUUCUUAUUGUGUUUCUUACUGUAGUUCUUCUUGAAACCCUUUUGCCCCCAGAAUGCAUUCCAUGCAUGAGUGUGUACAUUACAAAACAGACAUUUGAGAAGAAAUUUGGUAAUGGUAAUGUCUUAAUUUUAACCACCUUAACCUGCAGGGUCAGCCUGCCUCUUUUUCUGUUUUUUUUUCCAAUGUUUUCAAAGGGCAAAAGGUCUAAGCUAAGGCGCGUUGAAUAAUUUAAAUUUUCUCUGUACUUUGCACAAGACUUAGAGCUGCAAAAAAAGUAAAGCAAUUUAAAAUGUUAGCUGUGCAGAGAGAGUAAUAUAGUUUGUAAUGCCUUAAUUGAACUGCUCUGAAGCUGUUCUGCCUGAAAAGAAAGCUUGAGAAAUUCUUGGUGUAAAUAUUUUGACAUUGUUUAUUCGGGAUUGGAGCACUGUUCCAGACAGCCUUGACGCUUGGAAACUGUAUGCAUUCAUUUCAUCACUUGCUGGACAGGAGUAUUGCAUGGCAUUACAAGCUCUACAGUAUAUAUUUGUGCUUGUAGUAUAUAAUAGACCAUAAACACUAGGGAGACCUGUUGUGUAGUCACUCAGUGUAAAAAUAUGUUUUUCAAUUACUCUGUACCCAAAUAAGAGUAGACAUCAUUGGUGUGGCUCUUGUUGUGCUCAUAGGUAAAUCUCACUACAAUGACAUUACAGUACAUUACUGAUUGUUUGUAUAAGGACUGUACAUACUACCGUUAUACUGGUGCUAUAUGUAUAUUUUGAUAUUUCUGAUUGAAAAAGAUGAAAAUCCUAUGGGUAAUCAUUUACAGUUUCAUUUUUUUUCUUCCAUUUGAAUAAUGUACUUGAAACUUGUUGUAUGAUUAUUGAAAAAAGAAGUUGAGGAAGGUGUCUUUAGUUUUUUAAACAACAUAAAUGGUACAUUUAAUUAUUUUUUGCAUUAUCACACAUACAUGUUUGACAAGAUAAUAUUUGCUCACUAGUCUUAAGGUUGGAAUUACCUUUUUUUCCACCAACUUUCCCUGAAAUGGAAUUGUGUAAAACUUGGACUGAUGGGAGAUGAUAAAGAUAUUUUAGUUCAAAUAUUAUACAAUUUUAUUGAAUUCAUUAAAUACAUUGAAUCUUUCAAAUGUUAGAAAUGACUAAUUAAAUGUUUUAACUGCAACUCUUUAAAGUGAAUAAGCAACCAGCCAUAGAUGUAAAUUUGUUUAAUCUGAUAAUGACAGGAGCUUUUUGCUAUUUUCAAUGCUUUAACAUGGAAACGCCUUAAGCCCAGUGCUGUAUUCUUUCAUUUUAAGAGGUCUGUUAAAAUUGAAAAACCGUUGUUUUGUUUGUGUUAAGUCUAGAAAGUUAUUGAAGUGCAACCAAUUGAUAUUUCCAGAUGUUCAGAAUAUUCAUUUGGUGCAAUUUCAGUGUGAUUGAUUUCUUUUUGGAGCAACACUCUUAUGACUUUCUCAUUAUAUUACAUUUUAAAUACUAUAACUGUAUCUGUGAAAAUUUCCUGAAAACUAUAACAUACUGUAGCUUUGGGUUUGUUUGUUUGAAGUUUAGAUACACUGCAUUUGUUAGCUGGUGAAUCGCCAUGGUUUGCAGAUUACUGUACACUAUGGGAAGUAAUUUGCACUUUGUAGUUUACUUGGUCAUAAAAAAGAAAGGGGCACUAUCUUUUGUUUAAUAUACGUGCAAGCUAUUUAUUGUUACUUCUUCAUAUGUUCAGUAGUAAUACAUGUAAAUGAAGUACAAUCAAGGCCUAACAGGGAGAACAUUUUCAAUGUUUAAAGGAAUAACAAAACUUUACCCUAGUUUUACGUCACCACAGUGAUAAGAUGAAAACUACUAUUUAUAUAAUUUAGAAUGUUUAGAUGAUGCAGGGGGUGGACAAAAAAGUGAAACCACCAAGAAAAAUAUGAAUAUUUUAUGAAUAUAUUAUGAACUCAUAAGGAUUUGGGUUGCCCUUGCCCUUUAGAACAGCUUCAAUUCAUCUUGGAAUAUUGUAAUACAAGUCUUGCACUGUUUCUAGUGAGAUAUUGGGUCAUAUCGGGCAGAGUGGUUAUCGGACCCAAACAAGAUGGUGCCUAUACUGUAAUUAAUCCACCACCAUGUUUAACAGUUGGGAACAAGCAGUGUCAGUUGAAGGCUUCAUUUGGGUUUCGCCAAACACAAACCCAUCCAGAUGUAGGAAAAAGAGUAAAGACAACUCAUCAGACCAUGGUAAUUUCUUCCACUACUCAAAAGUCCAGGUUUCUUUACAGCUCAUUAGUGCUGCUGACAACUAUCCUCUUAAGAUUCCGUUUUUUCCCUGUCGGUGAGCUUUGACUUGCAACCACUAUUCCUCCUCUUUCCUAGUGCUGUUUUCACUUCAUGUUUGGUGUGUGAUGGCAUCAUGUUUGACACUGUUCCCGUUGACAAUUUAAAUGAUUUUGCCAUUUAUGUGACUGACACAGUCACAAAUUUCAAAGUCAUAGAUUUAAUUUAGUUACUUCAUAAUACAAGUCAUUUUGUGCUACUGUAGGUGUUUCUAUUCUUUUGUUCAUCCCCUGUACAUUUACCCCCAAAAAGUGUGAAAGGAGGUAGAGAGUUUUAAUUUACAAACAUACUUUUACUGCAUCCUUUUCAAUUGCUUUAAUCAGAACAUUGUACAGUUCACAGGUCACCUGUCACUACUGGUUUUCUUUUCACAAAUAAGGAAUCCCAAUUCUUGGGAAUUUUACUGUAAGACAGACAAUAUAUAAUAUGAUUGCAAAAAGGAUAAUUUCAAUAGCUGAUUACAAAUUGUCCCGAAAACUAUAUAUUUUGCAAAAGAAGUCGCAGCCUUUUGUCCAAAGGGGAUUUUUAUGAGAUCACAGUGUUGCUACUGUUCUCUUUUGUAUCAUCUUCAUAGUUUCACAAACAAACCCAAAAUGUUGCCAGAAAAGGACCUCUUGUGGUCAGUUUUAAGCAGUAGCCUUUGUAUUUAAUAUCAUACUUAAAAUCAUUACUUAUGCUGGAAAAUACAUAACUGAAUGCUCUCUGAAUCCCUGUAAGUGACAGAUUAUGUCAUGACAAUGUUCAAAGAUGUUCUUUGUUAAGUCAUAGAUUCAGAUUUUGCAUCUUUUUUGCAUGCUGUAAAACAGAGUGGAAGCUAAGAUUUUCCCUCAAACGGCUGGUGCUGCUGUCUUUAUUAACAGACUGGAUCUUUCUCUUGUGGGCAGCACUCUAAGCAGCCUGUUCUGAUUUGUUGUAGGAAUUGUUUGACUGAGUGAUACACUUUGACAAUACAGACUGAAUUGGUUUAGCAAAGGCCUUUAUUUCAUACAAGAUUUUUAGUCCAUAUUUAUGGAUUCUUUGUGACCUGUGUGAUGUAAGUGAUGAUUGUUAAGGGUGUUUAGUUUUAACACGGAUAUUUAAAAACAUGUUAUUGAAACAGCAACAGUUUUAAGAACAUUAACAAAGCUAAGGAAAUUAAAUGACUGUGCUGGAAUAUCUACAGUAUUCUGAUUCAUGCAACAUCUGUACUAUUUUUGAAGCUUCAAGAUCAUUCUGCAGAACAUGGAUUACUAAUCUGCUGGCUCUGAAUUACAGUAUUUGUUGUUUAUCACUUUCAAAAUCCUCUUUUCUGGAUAUGGAUAUAAAGAGUUAAAUAAGACCUUGGAUAUUCCACAUAACAGGAAGUCAUUAUAUGAAACAAAAAUAUUGUAUUUAUGUUUGAGUAUGUAAUAGUGGUAUAGCAUUUUUUAUCUCAGAUGUGCAAAUUUUAAUUUAUUAUUAAAGCACAUGCCAUUAUAGCUGUUCAUGCUGUCCAGUAUGAAAUGUCUUUGUAUGUUUUUCUGUCAUACUUCAUUAACAGAAUGACAUUUAAGAUGACAACCCUUUUAGAUAAAGAAUGUAAUACAAAAGAGAUACUGAAUUGUUUGCCUAUCUUCAAUUAUUCAUUAUCCUCCAUUGAUGGUGAUAUAUGUAGUACCACAUAAUGAGUGGUUUAAUUAAGAAUAAUUACCCCUGUGACCCCACAAUAAAAAGUCUCAUGUAAUGUAUUAACUGUAAACAUGAGCAUUACAGCUUAAUUCAUAGCAAGACUUUGAGUGUUUUAUUUUGCAAGAUCUCAUGCUCUGAAUCCUGCUUGUGUUAUCAGUUAAUCUAUGUUCUGCCAAGAACACCCAAACAAGAUUCCUGUAAUGUAAGACUAGAAUCUGAAAUAUAUUCAGCUUUUGCACUGCAAGUUAAUGAAUACUGUUUGAUCAGAAAAAAACUAAUUUCCUGAGUGUUGCUGUUCUGAGAAGUGCCUCAAAAUUUUGACGAUGUCAAUUUUGAAAUCCAUUGUAUAUUUAAGCAUUUCUUUCUUAAAUUAAAUUCAGAUAAUGUUUUAUAUCAUUUUUAUGCUUCACAACUUCAAAAUUGCCAAUCACUGAUCAACUUGCCUUGUAGGUCCUGCACAUUCUCUUAAAAUCCAUGAGUCAUGAUACUAUUUCCUGUCUCACACAAAGAGCCUCACUGCCUCCACAGUAGUGUCACUUACAACACUGUCAUUUCACAGUUCCAAGGCACAGGGGUUGCUGCUCCUGCAAUGUCAGUGUUACGUGUGACCUGUUAAAUGCUCUGUUGUAUAGAUGGGUGCAACUGUAACUCGCUUUGAAUAAAGCCACCCGAUUCACACCAGCCAAAUCACUAACUACAGUUCACUCAAGGCCACCCACAGCACUAGUGUCACCCAACCAGUUGUACUCUGACAUGUAUCACAGCCAGGACUCAGACCACGUGUGUCUGGACAAGCUAUUUCAAAAGCAUUUUGAGAAUAUCGAGAAUAUCUAUCAAAACAAUCAUAAUAUUUGACUGGGAUCAUAAUGUAUUCAAAGGGAUGAAAGCAUGAUGGUUAAAAGCUGCAGAAGAAGUGUCCUGUAGUGAGUGAAUCAAGAAUGGGGCUCAUCCAGCUCCAGUGGUCUGAAUCUUGGCUACGACGAUGUCCUUAUCAUCUCACCUUCUUUCAGUAUUGUGUUUGCUCUGGACUCGUCAUUGUGCUGAUGUUGAGGGAAGUGUUUGCAUAUUUUGACUAUGCCAAACAACCAUGAUUAUGAUAGUACAUCAAAUACAAUGCUGUUGCUUGCUCAUUUUAAACUUUAAGAUGCUUCCAGUGUUAUCAUUUUUGUUUCACAUUUUAGCCUUUUGUUGGCAAAGUUUAUUGUAACUCCAAAAAACAGGAUUUUAAGGCCUGUAUAUUUUUCCUCACUUUUACAUAAACUGUAUUAAAAAAAGUUAUAUUUUUUGUUAAUCACAUAACACGUAUGUACUGUUUGCUCAACAUGCAUAUUGAGAUGUUGGUCGGAAAAGUGUAUUAUUGAUCUACCUCAAUGGAGGAUUCUUUUAUUUUAAGCUAUAACUGAAGUAUUUUAUAAUAACAUUUUAUUUAUAUAACUUUACAGAUACAUUAACAUGCAUUUCAUUUACACUGUGAUUUUAGUCCAUUGUGACAGUUGAUUUAAAGCUUAUGGUAAACUUUAUGCAAUGAAAGCUGAGGUUCAUUUGAAAAGUAUGCAACUGUUCUUAUGUUCACUUUUUAUUUAUUUGUUUUUAUGACAUGUAUUCAUUUUACAGCCAUGGUUGAACACAAAUAAAUUAAACAUGAUCCAAUACACAA